GAUAUGGAUUGGUUUUUAAUACUUUCCCUUCUAAGUCAGGUUGACAAAACAGUGUCUUAUAAUUUUCGAAACGCAUCUGUUCAAGCGGAUGAAAAUAUUUCAAAAUGUCUCUUAAAAAUCGUUAAACAAUUUGAAAAAGACUUGGAAUUAUAUUUUAGUCCGGGUGUUGCAAUACACAUUGGCAAAACGUAUUCAAUUCACUCUCGAUACAAAUUUGAAGAUAUUGUUCACAAUUUCUUGAUCAAAAGAAGUCCUCCAAUAUCGAUGACACUGAAUUCCUAUGAAAUUUCCUCAAAUCAUUUCCAAUUACAAGUGUUUUUCGUAGAUUCCUCUAAAUCAUUCAAGUAAGUUCUAAGCACACUAAUAAAUCCGAAAAAUUUUCAAUUUAAGUUGGUUUUAACAGAUCUCUAAUAGAUGAAGAAAUGCAAAAACAAUUUUAUCAAUAUCAUUUGAUAAUUCUUCUAGCAAACAAUACCAAUUUGAUAAUGAAAGAAUUAUUUGAGUUUUGCAUUGAAUCAAAGAUAGCCAAUUUAAAUGUGCUCAUAACGGAAAAUGGAAACAUUAUUGAAAUGUACACAUUUCUUCAAUUCAACGAGAAGAAUUGUAAAGAUUCAAACCCGAAAUUGCUCAAUACUUUCAGAAAUGGAAAAUUCUUAUUGAAAAAAACAAUAUUUCCGCCGAAGAACAAAAACUUUUGGCAGUGUCCUUUGGAUGUUGUCAUCUGGAUUAAUUCUCCUCACAUGAAGGUCGAUUUCACAAACGUUACAAAACCCAAGUUAAGUGGUAUUGAAGCAGGAAUAUUGAAGAUAUUGGCUGAAAAUAUGAAUUUUUCCUUUCCAAUCGAGAACGAAGGACUUGACAAGGCAACUAAUAGGCAGUUUAAUAUGGAUCUUUUGAGCGAUCGAAAUGCUGACUUCUUAAUGGGUGGUGCAUUUUGCGGAAGUGAAAGGCAUAAAUUAUAUUCAUUAAAUUCGUUGUUUUACUCUUCUCUAUUGACUGUGGUUAUAAAACGGUCCAAUAUCAGCACUUACCUCGGAAUUCUACUGUAUCCAUUCGACGGUCUAACCUGGUUCAUUAUUGUUGGACUGAUUUGUUUACACAAAAUUGCAAAACUCCUAGUUAAACAAUUAAAAAGAAAACAUUUCGAUACUACGUUCAUUGAGAAUCCACAUAGAAUCGCCUGGCUUCUUGGUAUUCUAGUGAUUCGUAGUGCCUAUGAAGGUUCGAUUUUUAAACAUCUCAAGGAAAAACAUGGAAAACCUCUCCCCGUAAAUAUCGAAGAAGCCCUAGCUGAUGGCUAUCAAUUCAUUACUUACUCUACUUUGCAAAACUUUCUGUCUGAAGUCGAAGACCUAAAAGACCAUACAACCUACUUAGAUACUAACCGAUCGAAUGUAAUCAAAUUAUUGAUCCGUAACGAGCAAAAGUAUGCAAUGAUCAUUAAUGAUAAUUUUAUUGAAUUUUUGAAUUUUGUUAAUCAAGAGGAUUACGCUGUAUUUAAAGAACCCAUUAUAGCCAUUAGUAAUUGCUUAUAUUUAGCAAAACCUUCGUCUUUGACAGCAGAAUUUGAAAAACGUAUUAUGAAAUUAUUAAUGCAUGGAUUUAUAGAGGAAUUUACAAAAGAUUAUUCCUUGACAAAACUUUUUCGAGAAUUCAAGGUGCGGCAUAAAAUGAAGGCUAUAUCCAUGAACCAGAUUCAAGGUGUUUGCAGGUGGUUUUGUAUCCUUUGUGGAUUGUCAUGUGUGUGUUUAGCAAUGGAAAUGCUUUCGAAAAAGUUUUUGAAAAUGAAGAUCGUUAUGGAUUUUUUAUAUAGAUUGUAGAACUUUUUUUACAGCUAUUUUUUUCUGAACAUAUUUUAU